AUGAUAAUUAGAAGAUGUUCAAUUUCUAAUUCUACAUCUUAAAGAUCAUAAUCUUAAAAGUAAUAACAUAAGUUAUACUGAUGUAGAAUGUCAGAAAAUGAAUAAUGCAAUAGUAAUUCUCACUUCUCAACAUGCUGUAGUAAUGCUUCAUCAGAAAUUGAUGAGAUUGAUGAUCCUUUGAAUUAUGCUUCUUUUAAUGAUUUCAAGUCCGUCCUACCUCUUGUUAUUAAUGGUGUUAAAAUAAAGAAAGUUACUUGGGAUCUCUUCUCUGCUCCUCCAAAUGUAUAUUCACAAUGGAAAGCCCAUUGCUUUUGGACUGUUGGUUAUACAUAUGAUAUUGCCAUGAAAAAAAUGAAGCAUAGCAAUAAGAUAAGAUAUAGAUUAACUAUUAAUGCAUGGUGUUGUUUAAAUAGUAAAUCAUGGGUUAAGAAUAAAUGGGAUCGUUUAUUGGAACAUGAAACUGGGCAUUAUCUUAUUGGAUGUUUAUGUGCUUUAGAAUUCAAAGCAAGGUAUAAUUAACAUAACUUAUUAUAGAGCUGAGAAAUCUAAAUUUACUAAGAACUAUCGACUUGAAUCUACAUAAAUCUUUUAAGAUACAUUCUAAGAGUAUCUCUCAUUAGAAAGAAGGUAUGAUGAAGAGACAAAUCAUAGUCAAAAUAUUAGUAGAUAAAAGGAGUGGAAUGAAUUCAUCAUUAAGGAAUUACAAAAAUACUGA